AUGAAUUCAUCACUUCGAUGGUUGGUCAUGAUGAUGGGUGCGUCGACCGCUGUGGCCCAGUUGAUCAGCACACCUAACGCGGCCAUUGGGUUCGACGAAGAGGCCACCAAGGUGACUCUCCCCUUUGAGACGCUCUCUUCUGCAACGGGGACCGGCAGCCCUGCUUUGGGCUUGCUGCCAUCGCUUGGUCUCGACAAAGACAGAUCCAACGGCUCAGCAACUCAAAACACGGUUAUUGCGAAGCCGACCGGAGGGAUUGUACCGGUGAUCAACCCAGUCAUCACAGCAUCGAUGCCUCGCAAUGGGACUGCGGAGGCCACGAGGUCUGGCUAUGCUGGCACGAAUGGCUCAGGUGUUACACCCACCAGGGCCGGUACUACCCCAUCAGGGACCAACUCUGCUGGUAAUUCUGAAGAGUCUGGAGGUUCGGGUUCUGGAUCAGGGGAUAAAUCAAACGGCGGCGGUGACGAUGGCGGUUCAAACAACGACAACGGGGGUAAUAAGGACGGUGGGAGCGACAACGGGAAGAGUGACAGUGACGAAAGCGGCUCAGGAAACAGCAAUGAUGGCUCGAAUUCCGGAAACUCUGGGAAUUCAGCCGGUGGCAUCUCAACGACAUUUGCGAGUAUCACACUCGUCGCGGGAGAAACGCUUGCGCAAACAUCAGCGUCUGCAACAGGCACCCCUUCUAGUGUCACAUCCCUGGGACAGAGAUCGACUCCAAACUUCGUACUUGGUUUGGGCGUGUUGGUUGCGAGUGCCUUUUUGUUUGGAUAG